AAAAUUAGAACAUUCCCACAUCCGCAUAUCCUUGAAAUAUGAAUAUUAACCGUGCUUUGAAUAAUCAUGAUUUUAUUAUUGCAUUAUUAAUGAUUGCAUUGCCUUUAAUCAUAAAGAUUUUAAGAAUAGCUUUGAGUAUUAACCUUUAGCAUAUAGUACUAAAGUGAGAAUAGUCUAGCAGACUUAGAGAUAUGAUUCCAUUGUAUAUGGGUUUUGAUAGUUGACUUUUAAAUGUCAUGUGCAAAUUUAGCAGGCUUGGAGUUUUUUCGGUAUGUAUGUAUGUAUGUGUGUUUUUUUUUUUAACUUUUGCUUUGCAGAGACACCUGGGGAGAAAAACAGGAUGUCGGAGCGACAGGGUGAAAUAACGGUCAUAGUUAUUUAUAACAGGAUGAACUUCUAAAACAGAAGUACAACUUUCCAUCAAACGGGUCUGGUGAACCUUUAAGAAAGAAGUAAAACUUUCCAUCGAACAGGCCCCCACCCAAUUGCACAUAUAUAUAUUUUGGGUCAGAGGGAGAGGCAGAUCAGAUCAACCGCUUCUCGGGGGAUUUGUUUCUGCAUUGGUGUUGUGUAAAGACAGGGACAGUUUUUGACCCAGAGCUCUGUAAUAUUUCAUUUGAGAUACUUAUUAAAAAUAAUUUGAUUUGAGUUACGUGUCUGAUCUCCUCAUUAAGAACAUGCAGGACGAUUAAAGUCCAACAAUUGGUGACCCCAUCGACGUGAUGAGGAGGACUGGACAUCAUUGAUUUUUCUUCUCGACAUUCCACUUGCGCAAAAUAGGAAAGGUAAGCAGAUACCUGUUAUAUCAAAAUUCUGCUUUAUUUAAAUGUCGUGAAGAAUGAUUAAUGAUAUGAUACAAUGAUUAUUGUCAUUUUUAUCUAAAUUUCAUAUAUCUCAAAUGAACUAUUAAAUGUGUCAAUAAAAUAAAAAGGGAAAUAACAAUUAUUCGGUUAAAAUAAAAUAAAAUAAAAAUUGUGAAACGAAAGAAAGGAAAUAUUGUUAUAACUGGUCCGGGACCAGGAGGCGUUUGGAACGCAGAAUUGGAAACCCGGCACUGACGAGUGUUUCGUGGGUUAUUCCAAAAUUAGGGUCCGGGACCCGAACGUGGACACGUACCACGUUGUUAACGUAGGACAAAUUUGAUAGUGUUCUGGGAACACAGAGCGGUUGGACCGCGGGAAUAGAAUACAGUAGAAUAGGACUUAGUGUUCUGGGAACACGUUGCGGUUGGACCGCGGGAAUAAAAUACGUUGCGGUUGGACCGCGUAGAAUAGGACUUAGUGUUCUGGGAACACGUUGCGGUUGGACCGCGGGAAUAGAAUACAGUAGAAUAGGACUUAGUGUUCUGGGAACACGUUGCGGUUGGACCGCGGGAAUAGAAUACAGUAGAAUAGGAUUUAGUGUUCUGGGAACACAGAGCGGUUGGACCGCGAUACAUAGAGAUUGAAGUGGGUUUCAUACCCGAGAAAGUGGUCAGGGACCACGGGCAACGCAGCGGUUGGACCGCAUAAAGAGAAAGCGAAAGUGGUAAGAAAGCCACGAAAUAGUCGAAAAUACGAAGAGAAUAUUGGUAUUUGAAAAAGUUUUAUUGUAAGCAAUAUUGUUAAGUUGUGCUAAAGAAUAGGAAUUUGAAACUUACUGAAGAUUGUACGAAAUGGCUGCUUAUUUUUAAAUGUGCUGUUUAUUUGCGCUGUUUGCUACCGGUAUAUUAUCAGCUUUACUAAGGACUGACAGCAAAUAACAUUGAGAGGAAGAAUAAACGAGAUAUUCAGGGUAAGACAUAUUUUAGUGGAAGAUAACAUGAAGACUCUUAAAGAGCAAUGGGAGGCAGCCGUAGAACAGCUUUUGAGUGGGUUAGAAGAAAGAGAAAGGCUCAAAAAGACUCAGAAAUUGCAAGAAAUGUAUGAAGAAUGGAAACAACUUAAGGGUUACGAAGAUAGGACGAAGACAAGUUUGAAAGAGCAAGUAAUUGUUCAAGAAAGUGAAGCGCACAGGAAGUUUCAGAGAGAGGACAAAAAGGAAGUGGGGUUUCUAGCUAGAAAGAAGCAUGACAAGGAAGUGAAGAGACUACGUGAAGAGUUUCAUUUGUGGCAUAGUAUGGCAGUUAGUUGUGUGGCUUUGGUACAGUUGGAUAGAGAGAGACAAGAGACAGAAAAGAAAGUAGAAAUAAAAAAAAGUGACCUUAAAGAGAAGGAAGCAAACAAAAUUCAGGAGGGGAGGGAAAUAGCAUCCAUAUAUCCAGCACUGCCACCCACUGCUCCACCUCCAUAUGCCCCGCCCCAUACACAGUUGCCAGUAUUUGAAGUACAAAAGGGUGUGUUGGACAUGGAGCAGCGGGAGGGAAAUCGCUGGAAAAUAAAAUCAGGGAAAUUAAAUUUAAUAACAGAAAACGAGACAGAGGAGAGAGAAAUAGCAAGAGAAACAGCUGAAUUGAUGAGAACACAUAGAGAGCAAGCGGCACAGGCAGAACAGAAGAUGGCAGCUCUGGAGAAAGAACUGAGGGAACAAUGGAAUAGCGUAGUACAGGAGAGGACAUUUCAACCCGGAGCACAAAGCACCCCAGGAGAAACAUUGAGUAGCAGAUUCAUAACAGUGGACGAGACUGAGAGUCAGAUAGAGGUUGAAGAACAGGGAACAUAUCCAGUUGAAAUCAGAGGAGAAAUGAAGGUGGGUAAGAGGAUGAAAGAGGAGAGCAGAUAUAACUAGAGUAUAAAGACACCAAAGAAAGUACAGGAAGGAGAUGAACAGGAAUGUAGGGAACUACAUCUCAUUCGUAGGGUACCAAAUAUCUGCCCCCUAGUGGAGACAAGUGGAAAGGUAGAAUACAAACCGUGGUCAUUCACAGACAUGGGAGCUAUCCUUGCAAAACUACCUCAUAUCACGAGUUGUGGGGGUAAAUGGAUAGGGAAGGUAAUAACUUUGACAUAAGGGCAUACAUUGGCGAUCGGAGACCUUAGAGCAUUGUUGGGACAGGAUCUGACCCUAGGACAGAUUACGGAAAUUGAG